AUGGCUAGGGUGGAUCCACCAAAGAAGGAAAGUACAGAUGAAGUGGACCCUUUUGUUUCAGUUGUGUACUGUUCGGGCACUGAUAGAUUGUGUGCCUGUACUAAAGGUGGAGAACUUCAUUUUCUUCAAAUUGGAGGAACUUGUGAUGAUCUUGAUGAAACAGAUAUUCUUGUUGAAAAUUCUCUUACAAAGGGUGUGGAACAGUUAGCAGAAGGUUUCAAGCCAAUGUCAAACCCAUCCAGUCCUGGCAUCACAGGUGUAGAUCUCCUAGUGGAACAGCCGUUCUCGUUGGAAAUGUUGACAUGUUUAGUGGAACUAACUCGCUUUGAGACCUUAAUUCCAAGGUUUUCUGCAACAGUACCACCAUGUUGGGUUGAAGUCCAGCAGGAGCAACAACAAAGACGCCAUCCACAGCACUUACACCAGCAGCACCAUGGCGAUGCUGCUCAGCACACCCGUACUUGGAAACUGCAGCAUGACAGUAAUAGUUGGGAUGAACAUGUCUUUGAACUGGUUUUACCGAAAGCCUGCAUGGUGGGACACGUGGACUUUAAGUUUUUAUUGAACUCUAAUAUCACAAACAUUCCACAAAUCCAAGUAACAUUACUUAAAAACAAAGCUCCAGGAUUAGCCAAAGUUAACGAAACCCCUGUAGAUAGGCCCAUUUCCUUUCCAUUGUCUCCUGCCUUCAGUGUGGAAGUUCAGAGAAAUGGAAAACCUACCCUGGUAGAUUUAAGUGAGGACAUGCCAAGCAUGGAAGUAGAGGACUCUAUGAAGCCCAAGAUUGUGUCCAUUUUUAGAAGAGCACAAAGAAGAUAUCUUGUGUGGUCCUGUUUGGCUAGCAAGUGGCCUUGAUCUUUCAGGUCAUGCGGGUGGUCAUGCUGACAUUAACAAGUCCUAAACUUGUGAAAGGAAUGGCUGGUGGCAAAUACCGUUCUUUUUUAAUUCAUGUGAAGGCUGUAAAUGAUAGAGGAGUAGAGGAGCUGUGUAACGGAGCCCGGCCAGUUGUGCGGAUACCUUCAUUAAAACCACAAAGUGUGAAAGGACAUUCUCUUGCCUCGUUAUUGGCUAAGGUUGUUCCAGGCAAGGAUAAGUCUGCAGCAAAAAUUGAUGCUGGCACAUCUUCUCGUAAAGUUGAUAACCUCAGAGGAUGUGACCUGCUCCAGGAAGUUUCUGUCACCAUAAGACGCUUCAAAAAGACAUGUAUCCCAAAAGAAAGAGUGCAACGAUGUGCCAUGCUGCAGUUCUCAGAUUUUCAUGAAAAGCUUUUGAACACACUUUGUAAAAAGACAGAAGAUGGACUGGCUAUUGAACAUGCACAGAGCUUAGUUUUGGAUAUCCUUUGCUGGUUAGCUGGUGUACAUUCAAAUGGUCCGGGCAGUUUAAGGGAAGGAAAAGAGAGCCUGCUGUCUAAAACACGGAAAUGUCUGUCUGAUAUUGUCCGCACAUGCUUUUUUGAGGCUGGAAGAAGUAUUGCUCACAAAUGUGCAAGGUUCUUGGCUCUCUGUAUUAGCAAUGGCAAAUGUGAUCCAAAUCAACAGGGAUUUGGCUAUGUCCUUUUGAAGGCUUUGCUGGAGAACAUGACAUAUCUGCCUUCUGCUGCCACUGGAGGUGCUGUUUAUUGGUAUUUUGUUCUGCUAAAUUAUGUUAAAGAUGAAGAUCUCGCUGGCUGUAGCACAGCCUGUGCAUCCCUUCUCACAGCUGUGUCAAGACAGUUGCAGGAUCGACUAACACCCAUGGAAGCUUUGCUGCAGACUAGAUAUGGGCUGUACAGUUCUCCGUUUGAUCCUGUGCUGUUUGAUUUGGAAGUCAGCGGCUCUUCCUGUAAAAAUGUGUACAACAGCAGCUCUGGCAUACAGUCAGAUGAGAUUGACCUUUCAGAUGUUCUCCUGGGUAAUGGAAAAGUUAACAGUUGCACAGCUGCAGAGGGCAGUUUUACAUCUUUGACUGGCCUACUGGAGGUAGAACCAUUGCAUUUUUUUACUUGCGUAUCAACCAGUGACGGAACCCGAAUAGAGAGGGAUGAUGCAAGUACGUUCACUGUGAGCACGUUUGGUGUAACUCCUGCAGUGGGCGGCCUAACAGCUGGAACCGUCGGAGAAGCCUCGACUGCUCUCAGCUCAGCAGCUCAGGUUGCUCUGCAGUCACUCUCCCAUGCUAUGGCUUCAGCAGAGCAGCAGCUCCAAGUAUUGCAGGAGAAACAGCUACAGCUUCUGAAGCUUCAACAACAGAAGGCAAAACUGGAGGCCAAGUUGCAACCAGACAACAGCCGCAGCUGCUGCAGCAGCUUCAGCAGCAGGUCCUGUCCACAACUCUGUGCCUCCCAAUCCCGUGGCAGCUCCAGGAUUCUUUAUCCAUCCAUCUGAUGUCAUCCCACCCACUCCAAAAACAACUCCUCUCUUCAUGACCCCACCACUCACACCACCCAAUGAAGCAGUGUCAGCUGCCAUCAAUGCAGAGCUGGCUCAGCUGUUCCCUGGCACGGUUAUUGAUUCUCCACCUGCUAUCUUGGCUUCACAUGGCAAGAAUGCUAACAAACCUAGAGGGAAUCAGCUCGGUUCAGGUCUUGCACUGGCGAUCUCUCAUGCCUCUCAUUUUCUACAGCCUCCUCCUCAUCAGUCCAUUAUUAUAGAAAGAAUGCAUUCUGGAGCCAGAAGAUUUGUGACACUGGAUUUUGGCAGACCUGUUCUCCUUACAGAUAUUCUCAUUCCUACCUGUGGUGAUCUAGCCUCCUUGUCUAUAGAUAUCUGGAGUUUGGGUGAGGAAGUGGAUGGCAGAAGACUCGUGGUUGCAACUGAUAUCAGUACCCAUUCACUAAUACUACAUGACUUGUUACCACCCCCUGUGUGCAGGUUCAUGAAGAUCACAGUUAUUGGUCGUUAUGGAAGUACAAAUGCCAGAGCCAAAAUUCCUCUAGGCUUUUAUUAUGGCCAUACCUACAUUUUACCAUGGGAGAGUGAACUGAAACUCAUGCAUGACCCACUCAGAGGUGAAAGUGAAUCAGCAAGUCAACCUGACAUUGACCAGCAUCUGACAAUGAUGGUAGCUUUGCAGGAAGAUAUCCAGUGCAGGUAUAAUCUUGCUUGCCAUCGAUUAGAGACUCUGCUACAAAGCAUUGAUCUUCCUCCACUGAAUAGCGCCAAUAAUGCACAAUAUUUCCUGAGAAAGCCAGAUAAAGCUGUAGAAGAAGACAGUAGAGUGUUUUCUGCUUACCAGGACUGCAUACAGCUACAACUACAGUUAAACCUGGCUCAUCAUGCUGUUCAAAGACUCAAGGUGGCCCUCGGCAUGAGCAGAAAAACACUGAGGGAGCAAUAUGAUUCUAGAGAACUUAUCCAUUCAUCCUCAACUGAACAGUUGCGUACAAUUAUUCGGUACCUUCUGGACACCUUACUAAGCCUCCUCCACUCCUCCAAUGGACCUUCUGUACCAGCAGUCCUGCAGAACACUUUCCAUGCUCAGGCUUGUGAAGAGCUGUUUAAACACUUGUGCAUAAGCGGAACGCCAAAGAUAAGAUUGCACACUGGCCUGCUCUUGGUGCAGCUCUGUGGUGCUGAAAGAUGGUGGGGCCAGUUUCUUUCCAAUGUUUUACAAGAACUAUACAACUCAGAGCAGUUGUUGAUCUUCCCUCAGGACCGAGUCUUCAUGCUACUUUCUUGUAUAGGCCAAAGAUCCCUUAGUAACAGUGGAGUCCUGGAAAGUUUAUUGAAUCUACUGGACAAUCUUUUAUCUCCUCUACAGCCACAUUUACCUGUAUAUAGGCGUGUUGAAGGGGUCCUGGACAUUCCUAUGAUAAGUUGGGUGGUCAUGCUGGUUUCUCGUUUACUGGAUUAUGUUGCAACAGUAGAGGAUGAAGCUGCAGCUUCAAAAAAGCCCUUAAAUGGAAAGGAUAGAGAACGGUUCAUGUCAGGGAACCAGUGGAGUUUCAUUAACAAUAACCUGCACACACAGAGUCUAAACAGAUCGUCUAAGGGAAGCAGCAGUUUGGAUAGGCUAUACUCCAGGAAGAUCAGGAAACAGUUGGUUCACCACAAGCAGCAACUCAACCUACUGAAGGCAAAACAGAAGGCUUUAGUUGAGCAGAUUGAAAAGGAGAAAAUACAAAGCAACAAGGGAUCAUCUUACAAGCUUUUGGUGGAACAGGCAAAACUUAAGCAAGCCACAUCUAAGCACUUUAAAGAUUUGAUACGGCUGCGUCGCACUGCGGAAUGGCCCCGAUCUGCUCAAGACACCGAAGUAUCUGCAACAAAAGAGAGCCCAGAGAUUGAACCACUUCCUUUCACUUUGGCACAUGAGCGAUGUAUUUCUGUUGUACAGAAGCUUGCCCUCUUCCUCCUAUCCAUGGACUUCACUUGCCAUGCUGACUUACUUCUGUUUGUCUGCAAGGUACUUGCUAGGAUAGCCAAUGCUACCCGCCCCACCAUUCAUUUGUGUGAAGUAGUGAAUGAGCAGCAGUUGGAAAGGCUUUUGUUGUUGUUGGUUGGUACAGACUUCAACAGAGGAGACAUCUCUUGGGGUGGUGCCUGGGCACAAUACUCUCUGACCUGCAUGCUCCAGGAUAUUUUGGCAGGAGAGCUAUUGGCCCCUAUAGCAGCUGAAGCCCUUGAGGAAGGUGCCAUGGGAGAGGAAGCUGGUGCCUCGGCUGGAGACUCUGAUGACUCCUUACAACAGUCCUCUGUCAUACCAUUGGUGGAAACCGUGGAUGAGCCUUUAACACCCGACAUCACAGGUGCUCCUCCUCUAUCAUCUUUGGAUAAAGAUAAAGAAAUUGACCUUGAAUUACUGCAAGACCUGAUGGAAGUUGAUAUUGAUCCUUUAGAUAUUGAUUUGGAGAAAGAUCCCCUCGCUGCCAAAGUCUUCAAGCCAAUCAGCAGCACUUGGUAUGAUUAUUGGGGCACUGACUAUACCACCUACAAUUACAAUCCUUACAUCGGAGGUGUUGGAAUUCCGGUGGCUAAACCAGCAGCCACUAUUGAAAAGAAUGGUACACAGACAGUGACAGUAUCUGUAUCUCAAGCUUUAGAUGCUCGUUUGGAGGUUGGCCUUGAACAGCAAGCAGAAUUGAUGUUGAAGAUGAUGUCCACACUUGAAGCAGAUUCAAUUCUACAAGCACUGACCAAUUCAUCUCCAACAUUAUCCCAGCCUUCCAGUGGUACAGACGACUCAUUGUUACGGGGGCUACAUGCAGCUAGUCAGACAAGCCAGCUUAUUGUUCAGUCGUCUUCCAUUCCUAUGCUGAGUGCCUGUUUCAACAAGCUCUUUUCUAUGCUGCAAGUGCAUCAUGUUCAGCUCGAGUCACUUCUUCAGUUAUGGCUCACAUUGAGCCUGAAUUCUAGCUCAAAUGGAGGCAAGGAAAGUGGUGGUGAGCUCUUCUUAUACAAUGCAAACAGAAUACCGGUCAUCAAUUUAAAUCAAGCAUCCAUUACAAGCUUUUUAACAGUCUUGGCCUGGCAUCCAAAUACCUUGCUGCGGACAUGGUGCCUUGUGCUUCACAGCCUCACUCUAAUGACAAACAUGCAGCUGAACACUGGACCCAGCAGCACUAUUGGAGCUCAGGAAAAUACUGCCCAGUUACUGGUAUCGGAUCCAAAUCUCCUUCAUGUCCUUGUGAAAUUCCUCUCAGGAACAAACCCUCAUGGGACCAACCAGCACAGUCCCCAGGUUGGACCUACAGCUACUCAGGCAAUGCAGGAGUUCCUGACACGAUUACAAGUUCACCUCUCAGCUACCAGCCCUCAGAUGUUCAGUGAAUUUUUGUUAAAGCUCAUACACAUACUUUCAACAGAAAGAGGUGCUUUUCAGAGUGGACAAGGACCACUGGAUGCUCAGGUGAAACUCCUUGAAUUCACUUUGGAACAGAAUUUUGAAGUGGUCUCUGUUAGCACCAUCUCAGCAGUCAUUGAAUCGGUUACCUUUCUUGUUCAUCACUACAUCACCUGUUCUGACAAAGUUGUGUCCCGGAGUGGAUCUGACAGCUCUGUUGGGGCCAGGGCUUGUUUUGGAGGCCUUUUUGCAAAUAUCAUUAGACCUGGUGAUGCCAAAGCAGUUUGUGGAGAAAUGACACGUGAUCAGCUGAUGUUUGACUUGUUAAAACUGGUUAAUAUCUUAGUUCAGCUGCCACUAUCAAGCAACAAAGAGUUCAGUGCUCGUGCACCUGUCAUGAACAGCACAACAGACAGCGUUUCUGAUGAGGAAAAAGUCUAUGGAGGAAAAGACUCAAGCAGUAACUCUUCUACUACACAAAGCAGUACCACAUAUGUGGCAGAUUUGGUGCUAGCCAACCAGCAAAUCAUGAGCCAGAUCCUCUCAGCCCUUGGCCAGUGUAACAGCAGCGCAAUGGCCAUGAUUAUUGGUGCAAGUGGUUUACAUUUAACCAAGCAUGAAAACUUCCAUGGAGGGCUAGAUGCCAUUUCUGUUGGUGAUGGGCUCUUCACCAUUUUAACAACUCUUAGCAAGAAGGCUAGUACAGUUCAAGUGAUGCUACAGCCAAUUUUAACUUAUAUGGCAUGUGGAUAUAUGGGAAGACAGGGGUCUCUUUCAACCUGUCAGCUGUCGGAACCUCUGCUGUGGUUCAUUUUAAGAGUUUUAGACACAAGUGAGGCUUUGAAAGCCUUCCAUGAAAUGGGUGGGGUUCAGCUUAUCUGUAACAACAUGGUCACAAGUACCAGAGCAAUUGUAAACACAGCCCGAAGUAUGGUCUCUACAAUCAUGAAGUUCCUUGACUCUGGUCCCAGCAAAACCUCUGAGAGCAGUUUGAAAACAAGAGUGCUUGUAUCAGAGCCAGAUAAUGCAGAAGGCAUUCACAACUUUGCUCCAUUAGGUACCAUUACAUCAAGUAGUCCUACUGCUCAGCCAGCAGAAGUCCUGCUUCAGGCCACUCCACCCCAUAGGAGAGCACGUUCUGCAGCUUGGUCAUAUAUAUUUCUUCCAGAAGAAGCAUGGUGUGAUCUCACCAUCCAUUUACCAGCUGCAGUACUGUUAAAGGAGAUACACAUCCAGCCUCACCUUGCAUCUCUGGCUACGUGUCCAUCAUCAGUCUCUGUGGAAAUCAGUGCAGAUGGAGUGAACAUGUUGCCUUUGUCUACACCUGUUAUUACUAGUGGGCUUACCUAUAUAAAAAUUCAGCUUGUUAAAGCAGAAGUGGCCUCAGCAGUCUGCCUGCGGCUUCAUCGUCCUCGAGAUGCCAGCACGCUUGGCCUUUCACAGAUAAAAUUACUUGGUCUUACAGCUUUUGGAAACACAUCCUCCGCAACAGUUAACAAUCCUUUCCUUCCCUCUGAGGACCAAGUGUCGAAGACCAGCAUUGGCUGGCUAAGGCUUUUACAUCACUGCCUAACUCAUAUCAGUGAAUUGGAAGCGAUGAUGGCAAGUGCUGCAGCACCUACUGCUAACCUACUUCAGACAUGUGCCGCAUUGUUGAUGUCUCCCUACUGUGGCAUGCAUUCACCCAACAUUGAAGCAGUAUUGGUUAAGAUUGGCCUUCAGUCAACUAGGAUCGGUUUACGGCUUAUUGACAUCCUUCUUCGUAACUGUGCAGCAUCUGGCAGUGAUCCUGCUGAUUUGAAUAGUCCUCUCCUUUUUGGAAGACUUAAUGGUCUCUCAUCGGAUUCCACGAUAGAUAUUCUCUAUCAGCUGGGCACCACUCAAGACCCUGGAACAAAGGAUAGAAUCCAAGCACUGCUGAAAUGGGUGAGCGAUUCUGCUAGAGUGGCAUCACAUAAAAGGAGUGGUCGUGGCAGCUUCAUUCCACCAAGCAGCUCUUCUAGAGAGUUUGGUCUUCUUAUGCCAUCACCGUCUCAUUUGCAUUGUGUAGCAGCAAUUUUGUGGCACAGCUAUGAGCUUCCUGUUGAAUAUGACCUGCCUGGCUUGUUAAAUCGAGAACUGUUCGAGUCCUUACAUAACUGGUCUAUGUCUUUUACCUUGUAACAUGGUAUUAAAGAAAGCUGUUGAUGGUCUUCUCUGCUCUAUGUGUCACAUUCACCCCAAUUACUUUUCAUUGCUAAUGGGCUGGAUGGGAAUUACCCCUCCACCCAUACAGAGCCAGCACAGACUGUCCAUUACAGAUGACAGCAAAAAGGAAGAUCUUAAUGCUGCUCUUACAGAUGACUCUAAAAAUGCACAAGCACCUCUCACACUUACGGAUUCGCAUUUGGCCACACUUGCUGCUGCAUCCCAGUCUCCUGAAGCCAUCAAGCAACUGCUGGACUCCGGUUUGCCAUCACUGCUUGUUAGAAGCCUGGUGAACUUUUGUUUUACACACAUAUCUAGUUCAGACAGCGCUGCCUCCUCUAUGGACGCCACACAAGAGAGAUUGCGGCGACAACACUCAUCCCUGCACUUUAAUAGGAUGCCAGUAACGGCAGACUUGGUGGCACCAAUUCUCAGGUUUCUGACUGAAGUUGGCAAUAGUCAUGUUAUGAAGGAUUGGCUAGGGGGUGCUGAAGUAAACCCCUUGUGGACAGCACUUUUGUUUUUACUUUGUCAUUCUGGUGCAAGUUCAUCAGGGCAUGUGAAUGGAUCUCAACAGACCAAUGCCAAUGCAAGGUGCACUUUACUGACUUCCACUGCAGGGAAUGGGCUUACUACUCAGCAAAGAACUGCCGUGGAGAAUGCAACUGUGGCCUUUUUUUUGCAGUGCAUAUCCUGUCAUCCAAGCAACCAGAGAUUAAUGGCACAGGUCCUUUGUGAAUUGUUCCAGUCAUCUCCACAGCGUGGAAAUCUCCCAGCCUCAGGCAAUAUCUCUGGUUUCAUCCGAAGGCUUUUUCUGCAGUUAAUGCUAGAGGAUGAAAAAGUAAUCAUGUUUCUCCAGUCUCCUUGUCCUUUGUACAAAGGUAGAAUCAAUGCCACAAGUCACAUCAUUCAACAUCCAAUGUAUGGAGCAGGGCACAAAUUUCGUACACUACACUUGCCCAUUUCUACCACACUGGCAGAGCUUCUGGAUCGUGUCUCAGAUACACCUAGUAUUACUGCAAAGUUAAUAAGCGAACAAAAGGAUGACAAAGAGAAGAAAAAACCAUGAAGAGAAGGAGAAAGUUAAAGCUGAGAAUGGAUUUCAAGAUAACUACAGUGUGGUUGUUGCGUCAGGUUUGAAAUCUCAAUCAAAACGAGCAGUAUCCUCUACACCACCACGUCCACCAUCCAGAAGAGGAAGAAUAUUGGCUGACAAAGUAGGUGGAACCUCAUCGGGCGUGGAUUCUUCAAGCAAGACCAUUAGCAUUCCAGUUUUCCACCUUUACCAUAAGUUGUUGCCAGGUCAACCCUUACCACCAGAAAUGACCCUUGCACAGCUACUUACACUUUUAUAUGAAAGAAAGCUUCCGCAAGGUUUUCGUUCAGUCGACCUAACUGUUAAGCUUGGUUCCAAAGUAAUCUCUGAUCCAAGUCUAUCAAAAACUGAUUCUUUCAAGCGUCUUCACACAGAAAAGGAACAUGGGGAUUUCCUGGGUUCAUGCCCUGAAGAUGAAGUAAUCAGCCCAGGAGACGACUGCAUGGAAUCAGUGUUGGAUGACUCAUUACUAGAAACCUGCCCAAUUCAGUCUCCAUUGCAAGUUUUUGCAGGGAUGGGAGGGCUAGCCCUUAUCGCUGAGCGACUUCCUAUGCUUUACCCAGACGUCAUUCAGCAAGUGAGUACUCCUGUUGUAACUUCCACAACACAGGAAAAACCAAAGGACAGUGAUCAGUUUGAGUGGGUUACUAUUGAACAGUCUGGAGAGUUGGUUUAUGAAGCUCCAGAAACUAUUGCUUCAGAGCCUCCCCCAAUCAAGUCAGCUGUGCAAACCAUGUCCCCCAUUCCUGCUCACUCCCUGGCUGCGUUUGGUCUUUUCCUUCGUCUUCCGGGGUAUGCUGAGGUUCUGCUCAAGGAGAGGAAACAUGCACAAUGUCUACUCCGCCUGGUACUUGGAGUUACAGAUGAUGGAGAAGGAAGUCACAUCUUACAGUCCCCGUCUGCAAAUGUUCUACCAACUCUUCCAUUCCAUGUCCUACGCACUUUAUUCAGCUCUAUGCCACUCACUACAGAUGAUGGUGUGCUCCUGCGACGCAUGGCACUUGAAAUUGGGGCGUUGCAUCUCAUUCUUGCAUGUUUAUCUGCCUUAAGUCACCAUGCACCCCGGAUUCCCAACUCAAGCUCUAAUCAGACAGAGGUUUCUACCACUCACAGCAGUGGCACUUGUGAAGAGCAACAGCUUUACUGGGCCAAAGGCACUGGAUUUGGUACAGGGUCUACUGCUUCAGGCUGGGAUGUGGAACAGGCCCUGACAAAGCAAAGAUUGGAAGAGGAACAUGUAACUUGCUUGUUACUGGUUCUUGCUAGUUAUAUAAAUCCAUCAGGAUGUGCAGUUAAUGGUGAAGCACCAGCCAAUGAGAGUCGAGGACAGAAUAGUAAUGCUCUCCCAUCUGUCUUGCAAGAACUACUAAGUCAGUCAUGCCUCAUCCCAGCCAUGUCCUCAUACCUAAGGAAUGAUUCAG